CCCGCUUCCUUCCUCCCUCCUUCCCUCCUUCCCUCCCUCCCUCUUUCCUUCCUUCCCUCCCUCCGGGACUCCUCCGCUUGCCAGCCCGGAUCGCGUCCGGCUGCGCCGCCUGGCACCGAGCCCUCCUCCUCCUCCUCCUCCUCGCCCGGCCCCAGAUCGGGGGAGGGGGGGAAGAGCUGCCUCUCCUCGCGAGGAGAGGCAGGCGCCGGAUCGCCCCGCUAGAGCCCUGGUCCCGCUCCCGGGGCUUCCUUCCAGGCUGCCCUGCGGCGGGGAGGGCGGAUGGAGCCCCCCGGGGGAGGGAUGGGCGCCCGCCCCCCGGACUGCCCUGGGUGCCUCCCCGUUGCCCCAAGGCUCUGGGGCGGGGGUGGCUGCCGCUGCUGCUGCCCCCGCCGCCUCCUCUUCCUCCUGGCCCUGAUCCUCCUCUUCCUCGCCCACCCGGGCAGCUGCACCUGGAACCACGCGGGGCUCCCCUACGCGGCGCGGAGGAACUGGUGUUCCUACACGGUCGCCCGGACCGUUUCCUGCCACAUUCAGAAUGGCACUUACCUCCAGAGAGUCUUCCAGAGCUGUCGCUGGCCUCUGGGUUGCACAGGAGGCAGCUACAGAACGAUUGUCAGGCCAACCUACAAGCAGGCGUACAAAACUGUCACUGCGCUGGAGUGGAAAUGCUGCCCAGGCCACACAGGGUCAAACUGUGAAACAGAAACUGUUAGCUACCAGGACGCUCUGGACACAACACACGGGGGUUCCUCCCUGCGCAGACCCUCUCCCCGACCUGCAACUUAUUCCGGUUGUUUAAACUGCAGCAAACUCUCAGAGCUGAUGGAACGUCUCAGCCUCCUGGAAGCCAAGGUGGCAACCCUUUCGGCGGCCGAGUCCAUGGCCUCCCUGGUCCCUGGCGGUGGACGAACCGCCUCAAAGGAACACGUCGCCCCCGAAUCUUUAGCUCUGUGGGGUUCUGUGGCUGCUCAGGGGAGCCCAGGGGACGAAAGCCUGAAAGGGAGGCUGGCUUGGCAAGGCCCUCCGGGCCCCAAAGGAGACGCCGGCAUCCGUGGACCUUCAGGCAUUCCUGGCGUCAGAGGUCCAGCUGGACCACAGGGUCCACCUGGCCCACCAGGUGCUCCCGGACGAGAUGGUCCCAGGGGGCUACCUGGAGAAAAAGGCCUCCCAGGCCUUCCUGGACCCCCAGGUCCGCCAGCCCCAGUGGGACCAAAGAUCUCACUGCUCCCAGAUCAAAGAGACCCACUUUUGUCCAACACCUUUCUAGAAACGGGUAUUACGGGGCCAGCUGGCCCUCCGGGGCUUCCGGGACCUAUGGGUCCCCCAGGGCCAGCAGGAAAACCAGGACCUCCAGGACAUGAUGGAAAGCCCGGCUUGCCAGGGCCUGAGGGAGCCGCCGGCGCCCCUGGGGAGAAAGGAGAGAGGGGGCCACAAGGGUAUACUGGCCGCCGAGGGCUGGAUGGAGAGCGUGGUGAGCCGGGCCCCAAAGGCGAACGAGGAGAGAAAGGCAGUUGGGCCAUUAGCUUACAAAGCUUCCUAGAACAUCAGGCACAGCUGGAGCUCCUGGCGAGGAGGGUCACCUUGCUGGAAGCUAUCAUCUGGCCAGAACCAGAACUCGGCUCCGGCCUCGGCCCCGUCUCCACCGGCGUGCCCAGCUACGAUCGUGGCAAGCGUGAUGACAGCCUGGCGGCCUACAGGAUGAUCUCCCGCCACCUCUCCCAGAUGAGCGAGGACAAGAGGAAGUGAAGAGGGAGCAUCGGGCGGAAGGUGGUCAUGCCUAGGGUUGCCCCCCCCUCCCCAGGCCUAGUGCUUCUCCUCCCCUUUGGACUCUCCAGGUGGAGAAGCAGCGGGGGGAGGCACAUCGCCAGCAGCAUGCCCAGGAAAGGAAGGGGGGGGGAGGCCGCACGCUUGCUUGCUUGCAACCCUGCUUCAUAUUUAUUUGUUCUUUUUUGCGCAAGGGGCUGCAACCGAUGCACUGGGGCUCGUGUGUGCCCCUGAUGGGUUCACGCUCUACCGGCUGCCCCCCCUGCUCCACGCCUUUGUCCUGCAAGGGGAAACGGCUCACCCCACGGUGCUAUGGGACAGGGCUUCGGAGUGCUCACCUAUCCUGGCUCCCUUCCACGGCUUAUAGCUUGCUGAUGCUUUCAGAUGUUGACCGGCUGAUUUGUCUUGCAGCUACGGCUCUAUAUUGUAUAUCCUCACCGCCGUGUUUUGGUCUUUCUACCCAAUGGCUCCUCUUCCCUCUAAGCCUAGCCCGAGGCAGGGAGGAGCAGCCCUUUCGGGCGACUGUUUCGCCAGGCCAGAGUGUCCGGGGGGAAUGGGCGUCAGGCUUCCUUUGGGAGGUCCUUCUGUUGUUCCAAAGCGCCGUUUUCCCUGGCUGGGAAAAUAAAUUUUUUCCAUCCUGCCUGACCUCCUGGUAGUCUUUUAUAAAGACGGGAAGAGGACCCUGUUCUCUUGGUUUGAGUGAGAGCCCAGCGCAGUCCUGUCUCCCGCCAUGAGCAACCCCAUGCCUCCA